AAAAAGAGAAACCAAACUCCUCCACUGACGCUUUCUUUCUUCUUCUUCUCCUCCUUUUUCCGAGAAAAUUCAGAACCAAUAUUUUCCCGAGAAAAUUAAAAUUUGAUGAAGUGGUGAUGAAGAAGGGAUCGACGAGCUUGUGAGUGUGAAUUAAGCGCAGUCCAAGGACGAUGGUGAGGUCGAUCCCCAAUGGAACCAAACCAGAACAUCUCGUUGCUGACGACGACGAUCGAUCCAGAAGAUUUGAGAGUGAUUGAGUGGGAGGAUUUCGAGAGCGAGCUUGCGAGGUUGUCGAGUCUCUCUUCUGCGCUCAAUGAAGCCAAGGAGAAGAAGCGUCGUCUUCAUCAGAAGCUCCAUGACCUCAUCCAGCGGGUGAUGAUCUUUUGAGCAGGUCAAUGCUGAAUCAUUGGGCCGUGUAAAUGAACUUGAAGAAAUGCGGCAGAAAUUGGAAUCAAAGAAAUUGAUGGUGGAGAAUAUGUCUGUGCGAUCUAGGCUGGCAAAGGAGGAUGCUUGCAGGCAAGAAGAGCAGCUUGGUGGUGCAGUCCAAUCGCUGUUGGUGGCAGGAGGUGCUCUUUCCGUGGCUAGCAGAAAUCUUCAGGAGUCAAGUCGGGCACUGUCUGAAGAAAAAGGCUAUGUUUGUCUAAGAAAUUCACAGAAGAUGCUAAAAAUGAGGCAACAACAUAUGGCAUCUCAAAUUUCAAUGCUAUAUCCUGUGAAGAUCACUGUUGGACCAGCACAAGAGCAAGUUGAGCUUGAAGCAUAUCCUUCAGGUAGCCUAUCAGGAACUCCUGCUGGACUUAAACCAGUUAAUCAAGGAUCGUUGACAAUUCAGGGCCUGCAUUUGACAAUGCUAUCUUUUAAGAUGAGCUUUUUCACCGAUAAGAAAGAAAUUCAAAGGUCUGCUACUGCCCUAGGAUAUGUUGCACAUGCUGUUUCACUUGUAGCCUCAUACUUGCGAGUACCUUUGCGUUAUCCGUUACGAUUGGGGGGUUCUCAUUCAUAUAUCAUUGACAAUGCUCCUUCCAUAGAGCCAACGUCAUCUGAAUCUACAUCAAAUGCAAUGACUUCUGCAAACACCAAGCAUGUGGAAUUCCCCCUUUUUUUAGAAGGUCAAGAAACAACAAGAGCGGCUUAUGCUGUAUUCUUGUUAAAUAAGGAUUUAGAGCAGCUUUUGAAUUUCAUUGGUGCAAAGAGUUUGGGACCACGCCAUAUAUUGGCUAAUUUGAGGGAGCUUUUUAGGACUAUCCAGUCUAAAGCUUUCAUAGAGAACUUGAUCUAGUCUCUAUUUUUUGCCAUAAUGAAAGUUUUCUGUAAAUUGAUUUUUGUAAUUCUUACAUGGGUGCAAAUUUUUUGGUGUGCACCUUCCCAUGUAGCAUUAUUAUCAAAUUGAAACGAACUUUCUACCAUGGAUUUGGAAUUCUUUUCAAUUUA